CGCUUUAUCACCGUCUUAAAAGAGUUAAAACGAACGCGUCGAUUACCGAUUUCAUUGUAUUCAAUUGUUUCUAAAUAUUCAGUUUGUAUUUAUCGUGGGUAUGUAUCCGUAUACAUGUAUUGUUAUUGCAUCGAUAGUACUUAAAGUGAUUUGUUUAGGGCGGUUUUAUUAAAAAAAAAAAGAAGUAUGAUACUAAAAAUAUAGUAUCAGAUAUUUAUCAACAUAUAAUAAGAAAAAUAAUGAAGUUUUUUAGUCUACUAUUACUUUUGCUUUGUUUCUGUAGUAGCCUAUGUAGUACUAGAGAAAUCACUCAUGAAGAUAUAAAAGAUGCUAUGUUAAGUUUGGUACAUAUGAUGCGAGAAAAUACAGAAAAAUUGGAAAGACAUGAAGUGCGUGAGCGACAGUUAGGAGAACAAUUAAAAAAAGCUAUAUCUGUAUUAACAAAACGAGUAUCUGCAAUUGAUGGAUUAAAACAGCAAUUUGCAAAAUUAGAUGAAAGAUUUGCAGGAAUUGAACAGUUAAUUGCACAGAGGGAUGAGCGAGAGCGUAUACAAAUGCAGAAAACAACAGAUGCUUUAGAAGAUUUGGAAGUUAAAUUAGAAGGAUGGUUAACAGAUAUAGAAACUAAAAUAACUAAAGUUCAUGAUAUGUCAUUAAAUCAUAGGGAAAUAAAUCCUGAUAUUUUAUCUAAGUUAAAUAAUACAGAAUUAUUGCUUAUAGGACACAUUACAGAUCUUGAAUUUACUUUAAAAUCAACAUCAAUGGAGUUAAAGGAAACUGUAACAAGUCAGUUAGAUAAAGUACAGUCAAUGGAUAUAAAGUUGCAAGACAUCAAUGAUAAUUUUAAAAAUGUUAAAAAUUCAGUGGAAAUUAUUAAAGAAUCAUCCAAAUCUCCAGAGAAAUAUUUAGAUGAACAAUUAAAUAUCUUUUUACUAGUGAAAGAACAAAGUAAAGCAUUAAAAGAUAUUGAAGAGUUGGUAAAGAAUUCUAUAGAAGAUAUUCAUGAAUUACCACAACUUAAUGAAGCUCGGACAUUGCACAAUGAAACAGAACUACUUUUACAAGAAACUAAACAUACUAUUAAAGAUAUCAUUAUUAAAGAAAGUACUGAUAUACAAAAUAAAAUAUUGAAAAGCAAAGAAGAAUCAAAAGAUACAGUUGAAGCAUUGAGAAUGGCUAUGGCAGAUAAUUCUAAUCAUGUAAGCAAGGAAUUACAUGAUCUUAGUAAAGGUCAAUUAUUAAUGGUUUCAAUGGCUGAUCAUGUAUUAGAUACGAAAAAAAGAGUAGAAUAUGGUGUGCAUCAAAUUCUUUUGGAAGUAGGAGACUUAGUGAAGGCACAGAGUAAAAAUAUUAACAAUACAAUCAAUACAAGAUUUGAUGGAAUCUCUAAUGAUAUAAUGGACAAUCAGAAUGGUGCUUUAGCAAAUUUAACUACUAAAAUGGAACAAGAAAUGAAUCAGGUUUGGAGACAAAUAAAUGUAAUGUAUCAGCAAAUGACAGAGAGUGCAAAAGCUUUAGAUAAAUUGCAUAAACAAAAUGAAGUUUAUAUUAAUGGUACAACCUCUACUAUGGGUGGAAUGGAAAAUAAAGUAAGCGAAAUAACCAAGCGUAUGGCAGAAGUAGAUGAAAACUUAAAUUAUUUAUUGGGUCGCCUUUCAUUAGUAACACAAGAAUUUAAUCAAAUUAAGAGUGGAUUAGGUGCAGCAUUAGACAAUAUUAAAGCUUCUUUUAAAGAAGUGCAAGAAAAAGCCAGUGAUUUAAGUAAUCCAGGACCAUAUCCAGUGCCUGAAAAUUAUAGUGAACUAAAUGAACCAAGAACUAACUAAUUAUAUAUGCAAAAUAAGGCAUUGCAAGAAAGGUAGGAACCAAAGGAGUUAUAAAUUUGAAUAUUUUAUAUACUUAUAUUAAAUAUUUGACGAUUUACAUACAAUGAAAGAUACUUUGUAUGAAAUUUUUUACAACUCUUUUUAAGUAUAUCAUUUUUUACUGUGUAGUAAUGAUAUAAAAUAUUAUCAAUAUAUAUAGAAUAUAACUUA